AUGGAGACAGCGGGCACCAACAGAGUUAAUGGGUUGCAUGAGCUUGAGGAAUUCAGGUUCCAGGCAUUCGAGAGUGCUAGACUAUAUAAAGAAAGGAUGAAACUGAUGCAUGACAAGCACAUCUUGGAUCGGAACUUCAAACCCGGAGAGUUAGUGCUGCUAUAUAACUCAAAAUUGAGGUUGUUCUCGGAUGGGACGAACAAGUUCACAGUGAAUGGACAGAGGUUGAAACAUUACCUUGGAAUGACUGAAGAAAAAGGGGACAGCGUGGUGAUAUCAUUGGAAGACCCCCAGUACACAAAUGAGGAGUGA